CCUGGAAAUCAGAGGUUCUGUUUUGACACUUUUAACAAUUGAUUAGUACUUAAUAAGUACAGGGCUCUUUUCUAGGAGCAAGGAAUAGAAGCGGGACAUGGUUAUGUUCUCAUGCAAAUGGUAGAUUGGGUGUGGGAGAAGAGGAGAAAGCAUAAAUUUGAGUCAUUGGACCAACCUGCAAUUCAGGGAGAUUUUCUGGAUUAAGUGCUAUAUUACUUUUUUGUUGCUGUGGUAACAAGUUACCAGAAGUUUAGUAGUUUAAAGCAACACAGCUUUAGUAAACAGGUAUAAAGUUUAUGUUAUGGAAAAUGAAUGAAUUCUAGAGAUCUGAAGUAUAGUAUUGUGCCUAUAAUUAACAAUACUAUAUCGCACACUUCAAAAUCCGUUGAGAGCAGAACUCAUGAAUGUUUGAAACAUGAGAGUAUAGCAGCUUGUCAAUCUAAGGGACUAAGCAAGAAUUUACAAGAUACUUCUUCCCCUGGAAAGAAAAAGCCUGAGAACCCUGAAGUUCUUCUGCCCUCCAUAGAGAAAGAACACUUACAUUUGAAAAGCUUGGAGCUCUCCAGGCACAAGAAAACUAGUCACAGGGAAACUGCUUUGUCCUCUAGGGACAAUGAGGAAGCAUAUGAUACACCAAAAGUCACAUUAUUAAAUUCAGUUGAGAAAGUUGAAUAUGAAAUUCCAGCUACUGUUACAUUUUUAAGCGAUGGACAAAGAUAUGAGGAGCCAGAUGAUUCUUUAUAUUUAGGCGAAGGGGAAUAUCAAGAAUCUGUUGGAUACUCUGAAGAUGCAGAAACCACCAUGAAAGAGGGGGAUUGUGAGUACCCAGAAUACAUUGUGUAUGGUGGUAAAGAGGCCUAAGUAUUCAACCACCACAGCUUCUCUGAUGAAGAACACAAUGAUAAGGAUUUAGAAACCAACAUUUCACUGGAAGAAGAAAAGAAAUGUAUGGAAGGUAUGUAGACAGUGUGAGUAUUGUUAGGCAACAACUUCCCAAAAAUCAAUAAGCUUGCCGGGUGUGGUGGCGCACGCCUGUAAUCCCAGCACUUGGGAGGCUGAGGCAGGAGGAU